AUGUCGAAGAAUACGAAAAAAGCUGUAAAGCCUCCCAUAAAGCUUUCAGCAUCUCGAGAUGUGGUUUCUGUCGCUCCUAGGCAUGUUUCAGUGAAAUACCAAGGUAAACGAGAUGAGAAUGGACUAAGACCCUCAACCUCGCGAGCUCUUGUGCUGCGAAACGGUAAAUAUGGUGCACGAGGAACGGGAGAGCUUAUGUUAGCUAGCAAGAUUAGCGGCAGAGAGAAACUUGAUCUUUUGGCAGAGGAUCUUCUCAGUCGAUCCAAGAAUGCUGUUAUGUCUCCCUUGCGACUGGAAACUUGCGUGAAAAUAGCAGACUCGCAGUUCAACGCCUAUUUGGACGAUAUCUCCAAUUUGCAAGAUCCUGACUUGUUCUUGGCCGAGAUAAAGGAAGAACUGAUGGCGCGCACACCGUGCAGCGACCAGCGAGGUGCUGAAACUCUUGAGAACCCCACCUAUAUUGCCUCAGUUAUCGCAACCAGAAUUCACAAUGCAUAUAUGCUUGCAUCUGCAUGGAAAAUUGUCCUAGACAGUCUUCAUGAUCUACAGCAAGCUGGACUCGUCGACAAAACUGCACAAGCCCAACUCAAAAGGGACCAGAGUCUGCGAUCUCAAUAUUUGCUUUUGUGUGAUAUGGUCAACGUAUUGGCAGAUAUCGGGCAAAAGAACUUUUCGGUGCUCGCCACUACGACUCCCCAUUAUGCUCACUAUUUCAAGCCUGCUGAAGGGACCGAUCCUGACGAUCCAGAGAUGACCUUUGACUGGGGCGCACUGAAGGACGCAGGUAGAUCUUUCCUCGAUUCCAUCAUCGUCGAACUGUGUUUCCCGCAUGCUCCGUAUCCUAAGCGCAUUUUGUAUCAAAUCCUGCACGAUGCUAUAGGCGAGGCACCCCGAGAAGCAAAGCGCUUCCCUCAAUAUCUAUGGGAUGCAGUGGGCGACCUCUCUAUAACUUUACAGCUGCAGGAAUUACUUGAAAGCACACUAUUUGGACCAGAGGGCGAAGCUUGGAAGAAAUUGCCACGCCAGAUGCCGGAAAAAUAUGAUCAGUGGAUUGAUGCCCAAAUAUAUUCUCAGCAAGCCUCGAAUAGUCACAACAACUUCAAAGAUCUCGUACAUCCGUUGGAUAAAACCAAGGAUAAGGUUGUCCUUGAGAAUAUGUGGAAACAUGUCAAUCUUAACUAUAAAGCUGUUUCAAGUAUGAAUAUCGAUACCCUGUGGCAACUGGACGAAGCAUUACAUCGCAUCCCGCAAUGGAGUUCUUUUUAUGUACCAGGCUUGAAUGUAGGGUCAGAUUCCGACUCAGACGCACCUCCGGGUCUCUUUCGUUCCAAAGGCAGGCUUCCUAAAGCAACCAGAGCAAAAGGAAGUAAAGGACGAAAAUUACUUGCGAUUACCGAUGGGCCAGCAGAUGACGAUAGUGAUGGGUCUAUGCCAGGCUUGCAAUCUGUCUCGGAUUCCACGGGAGAUAGUGAUAAUUAUUCAGACUCUGAUAAAGAAGAUAUGGAUAUUCAAGAUAUGGACGAGGAUGACGACGACGACGAGAGUGGGUAUGACAGUGAAGAAGAGGCGGAGUACCGUGAUAUGAUAAGAGAAGCUAUGGAUACAGCGAUGGGCAUACCCGAGUUCUUUGAUCCUAAUACUCCAGUCCCCGAGCUGGAUGCGGCGGAUGGAAAAAGGGGAAAUCCAUUCUUGAAGUUGCUUGGGUCUCUAAGAGGACGAAUGUUCUCCUCCAAGACAAGGCUUAGUACAACUGCGCGGACAGGUCCUCUCAAAGAUUUGUUUGGUAAAAAACCUGCCCCCCAAAAGCCUACCCCGCCGACGCAGAAGGAUGUAUCAACCUCCCAGAUUAAUUGGACCAGCGUACCUAUAGAUGACUUACCUCCUUUGGAGCCCAUCUCCGGCACAACGAGACUACCGAGGCGUAACUAUACUACACCCAACACGCCAGCCGCAAUUGCAGCGGCAAGCCUAGGGUCGAAUAAUUUCCGUACAACAGUGGAAGAAGUAGAAGAUGAAGAUGCGGCAGAUUCGUCUGCGAAGAAGAAGAAGAAAAAGAAACCCAAGAAAAAGAAAGUACGCCCAGCUGACGGAGAGCUAGCGCCAGUGCAAGAAGACAUCCCCUCGAACACCAUGGCCCCGGCUCCCUCGCCUAGUAAACCAAUGACUACAUCUCCUCCUACCUCACCUCCUAGAACUAUGCCGAGGAGAUCAAGCGGGAGUGGUGGUGCCCCUUCGAUACACUCCCACAUGUCGACCGCAUCUCUGUCGCUUCCGUUAGAGCAGACUACUGCCCAGUCUUCUCAUUCGUACUUACAGGAGCGUGAAGGACCCAAGGCUAAGAUUAAAUCCCGGCCAGACCACGCCUCACUCUUUUCUAGUAAAAGAGGCUUCCUCUCUGAGUUGAUUGGCAGCAAAAGCAAGACGGAGGCUGCGGAAAAGUCCAAGAAGACCAAAGGAAGUAAACACAGUUGGUUCAGCAGGCUGACAAAAAAGACGAGUAUCUACAUGCAUCAAUUGCUGGGUACUUCUGAAGUAGCGGAUGAGAAAAGUGCUCCUAUGAAAUGGGAAAACUUCUUGAAGGUCAUGCGCGAGAUGGGAUUCACUUAUGAUCCUAGCACGGCAGGCUCCAGUGUGCGGUUCGAUCCCCCUGAUCCGAAAGAUAAGUCCAUCACAUUCCAUAAACCCCAUCCAGAUACGACGCUACAUCCAAUAAAGCUGAAGGAGUACGGCAAUAGGUUGAAGAGAUACUAUGGCUGGUCAGAAGAAGAUUUUAACAAGAUGCUCAACUAA